CUCUAUGUAUUAGCAGAUGUGCUUGGCUUGAAGAAGCAUACAUUUCUUGAUGGGAAGAAAACUCUUGUUUAGUUUCUCACUUCUGUUCUUAUGUAUGGUGUUUUCAGUCAGUUUGGAUCAGAUACUUGCCAGGAAGAAUGUAGGUUCUCAAGCGUCUUCCAGCAAAGAAGCGAUUGUACCGAAUGGUCAAAGGAAUAGCGGAGAGGUGAAACCAGUCCAGAAUCUCACAACAGUGCCCAUCACACAGACUUUCAACUACAAUCUGAGCAAAGCACACUGGAGUACAUUCAGCCAUCACAAUCCUGUUAAGUUCUCCAGGGAUGGGAUUCCCUGCAUCCUCUUCUGGACAAAAAGAAUCACAGUUAAAUUUAAGAAUCAGACCUGGCUGGACCUUACUGAUGAAGCACUUGGUCAAAACACCACCGUGGACACUGGCAACUCUAACUGCAGCGAGGAAAGCGCGGUGUUGUCUUUAAAGUUUGGUGAUGCUGAAAAUCCCAAGGAUAUUGAUAUAAGGUUCACCCUAAGCAAUUACAACAAGCUGUCCAGCCAGAGUUGGUUUAGUUUACACCGUGUCGAGAUAAUUUUCAACAAUUCGGUGCAAGCAACUUUUAAUGCAACCGGUAUAUAUGCUUUGUCAACUUACUCCUACCACUGCCAACGCGUCAGCAGCCUGCGGCGGAACGAUGCCCUCCUGUUGCUUAGCAGCUCAGAUGAUGUGACAAGCCUGUGGGAGGUCACGUUUAUUGAUUUCCAGAUCCAAGGCUUCUCCAUCAAGGGGGCACAGUUUUCUCAGGCUCGAGACUGCAGCUCUUCCUUCUCACCUGCUGUUCUGAUUGGCCUGGCCAUGUCUCUGAUUCUGUUGCUGGUGUUGGCCUAUGCUCUGCAUAUGCUCAUCUACCUGCGCUAUCUGGACCAUCACUACGAGUUCAUCACCUCUCCUGCCCACUUCCCAUCUCUGAGAGCGCUGGACACAGGGGAGGAGAAGGAGCUUCUGGGGAGCCAGGGAGCCGAAUGCUACGAGCUAAGGAACCAACAGAUCUGCAAAAUCUAUAUUUAGUAACACGAGUCUCCAUCUCCUCAUCAAGGCCAAACCAUCUCCAAAAGACAUUGUUCUCUUUUGUGAUGUCUGACUUGUGAAUUGUUUGAUUAAAAAAGAGAAAAAGAAAAACCUU